UUUUUACUAAAUUAUAACAAUUUGAAAGACCUUGUCCUCCCUAUUUCUUUAAGAAAUCAAGAAAGAAUGGAAUUCACCGACAUUCGUUUGCGAAGCCUUUUGCAUUACGACCCGGAGGCCAAAUCGUUUUCUCCUAGUUCGACCAUUAAAUACUUUCGAAUGCCAGAAGAUCAUGAGUACCCCCUGGAUUUGGCCAAGAACUAUAAAAACUAUGUUCAUCGAAACAACGAAUAUCCCGGCGACUUCGACAUGGUGCAGUACUACUUUGAGCACGUCAACAAGUUGGAGUUUGUUAGACAGGACUAUGACGUCUUUUGCUGCCGCAGACUACUAAUCAUCCUAAGUAAAUCGUAUUUGAAUUUUUAUAAUAGAGAAUCGAUUGAGGCGUUCAGGGUUAAGGGAUGCAUCUUUCUAAGGCUGCAAACAGAUCAACUAAAUGUGGAAACCGAACGAAAUUCGUACGCAUUUAAGGCACGACAGUUAUUACUUAGUGAUGCACCCGGACAAGGCAUCGAUAUGGAUGCCCCUAUAGAUGAGAGGGCCCAGACUUAUGGAAUGUUCUCGGCUCGAUUGGGCCAAUUCCGAUUGCUUUACUCGUGCGAGGUUCCUGGAGUCGCCAACACCAAAAAGCUCGGGGAUCUCACUGAUCCUAAGGAGCUGGAGAAGUGCUCUUUGGCCACCAUUAGGGUCCAUAAAAAACCUCUUUCUUGGCGAAACACUUAUCGUCAUUAUGCUUGGCUUCUUCAGAACUAUUUUUGUGGAGGCAGUCAGUUGGCUGUUGCCUCAUUUGACCAAAAUGGAAUUGUGUCCAAGAAGAUUGAGGUCGUGUCCGCUGAUGAUUUGAUCGAGUCUAAGCGGAGUGCUUUACAGAGCGGGUUUAAGCAGAUGAACGACUUUCUCGAGCAGAUCAAACAGAAGAUGGACAAGAUCGAUAAUCCGAAUGUCAGUCUGAAGUUUACUCUCGAUAAAAGUACUUUUCGGAAAAGUCAAUAAAAAAUAACAAUUCAA